AGAACUCCGGGGUUUGUUUCAGAGGAAGCAGUGGGACUCCGCCCACGCGGGCUGUGAAGGACAAGAAACCCGCAAGCCGUCUCAUGGUUUUCUUCACGAAACAAACACAAUUUCUGUGUUGCCAUCCGUAUUCAGAGAUCGGCACGGACGAUUUAGGAUAACGCUCAUCAUAUGAACUAUUAAUCAUGGUUAAUACGAAGUUAUCUAUUCGCUGCCAAAUUGGACUCGAUUUCUUCGAGUUCUUGAAGGAGUCUGACCGGACAUCCAUCACGGACAGAAUUCAACUGAGAGACAUUUACAACAAUGAGUUCAGGAGAAGGAAUCAAGAGACGAAAGACCCAAACUUUGGCUCAGUCCUCUAUGCCCUCAAAGUGUCCAACAAAAUAACAAGACGAAGAGACACUAUUCACUUCAACUCCAAGGUCAAAGCUCUUUAUCAGGACCAGUGGCAAACACAGAGAGUCCGUCAGCCAAAGCCUGUCCAGAAUGGAGCAGCCUACACGGGGACAGGACCGACGCUCACCUCUGCAGAUGAGGCGGAGACGGGAGUAAGAUACCGAAGGAAAACGGCCAGUCUCCUGAUGAACAAACUCAAGACAGAAAGAGCUUUCUUCAUUUCUGACAAACAUGGGAUCAGCAUCACAUCCGACCAUUCGUUUGAGAACGGAAAACUGUGCUUGUAUAUGGAAAACACAUUAGAGAGUGAGAUAACUCUGAAUGUAAAAAACACUGGAACGGAAACCGUGCAUUUCACCUACUACACACCACUGCACUGGCUCAAGUGCCUGUCGCUCGUGGAUGAGCAGAGAGUGACCAAAACGAACCCUCUGUCACUAAAACCAGGUGACAGCUAUAACGUCCAGGCCCACUUCCGCUGCAGCUGCGUUGGUUUCUAUCCGACUACGCUUGCCUUUGAAUUCAAACCAGACCUGUCUUCUGCUGCAUUUUACAUUGUGCGCUUUAUUGAAGCUGAGUUUGUAACUUCCUUGGGACUGGAGCUCGCAGCUAUAGCUCCCUACAAACCUCGCUCCAUCCCUGCCUGGACUCCUGAGGUUCCGUACACGAUUGUGGAUGGCUUGCAACCUGAAGGGCAGUCAGUGAUGCAUCUACAAAAUGAGGUUGAGCUGAAACAGUAUCGAGUACCAUCAUACAUGAACAAGCUCCUCGUGUCACUGCAGCAGUCUUGGAUCAAUGACAAAAGAACCAUGCUGGAGAGUCCCUUGAGCUGGGAGAACUACACAGAGAAGUUCCAGGUGCUGCUGUACCUGGAGGAGCUUCAGAUGGCGGUGGACAUCAAGAGAUACAACAUCCCUAAUGCUGAAAAAGAAUGCGCUACCAUGACCAAAGACAAAAACAAGAAGCUUCUUGUUCUGGAGGUUCCUGGAGUGUCUGAGAACCGUCCCUCUGUGCUCCGAGGAGAUAACUUGCUUGUGUAUCCCGAAGGAGAACCAGGGGUCAAGUACCGUGGCUACGUCCACAGCGUGGAACUGGACAGCGUUAAACUGGGUUUCAGCUCUGAGUUGCUUGAUCGCUUUAUAGAGGGCAUGAAGUUCAGUGUUGAGUUCACUAUAAACCGCUUGACUCUGCGGCUUCAGCACAGAGCAGCAGAACUGGCAGCUUCAAACAGACUGGAAAAGGUGUUGUUUCCUGCUGAAACCAACGUCACCUAUCAGCAAAGUGACCUUCCCAAACUCAGCCUGUUUGAUUGGCAGCUGGAGAGAAAUCCAGAGCAAUAUCAAGCAGUACAACACAUUGUAGCUGGCUCAUCCAAACCUGCCCCUUACCUGGUUUUUGGUCCACCUGGAACAGGCAAAACAGUGACCGUGGUGGAGGCCAUCAAGCAGAUAGAGAAGACCCAGGUGAACUGCCACAUUCUGGCCUGCGCUCCAUCCAACAGUGCUGCUGAUCUGCUUUGCAAGAGGAUUUUGGAUCAUGUGGACAAACAUAAAGUGUACCGCAUGUACGCCACCAGCCGGGACCCAAAACUUGUCCCUGAUGAAAUAAAGGCAUGGUCUAACCUGGUAGGGGAGUGUUAUGUUUAUCCUGCUAAAGAAGAGCUGAUGAAGUAUAAGAUCAUUGUCACCACCCUGUUAACUGCUGGAAGAUUGGUCACAGGUGGCAUUCCAGCAGGACAUUUCACUCACGUGUUUGUGGAUGAGGCUGGACACGCUGUGGAGACUGAAUGUUUAGUUCCACUGGCAGGGUUGCUUGAUGCAACGUCUGGUCAGGUGGUUCUGGCUGGAGACCCCAAGCAGCUCGGCCCCAUUCUCAGGUCUCCUUUUGCUCUGAAAUAUGGCAUGGGAGUGUCCCUCUUAGAACGGAUGAUGAAGGACUUCUCUGUGUACCAGAAGCGUGAUGGUGUGUUCAGCAACUGCUUUGUCACCAAACUUCUGCGCAACUACAGGUCUCAUCCUGCUAUUCUAAAGAUUCCCAAUGAGCUCUUCUAUGACGAGGAGCUGCAGGCUUGUGCAGAUGAGUAUGCACGAAACUUCUAUUGUGGAUGGGAAUACCUACCACAGAGGAACUUCCCAGUGAUCUUCCACGGGGUGACUGGUAAAGACGAUCGUGAGGCCAGCAGUCCUUCUUUCUUCAAUGUAGCAGAAGUGGAGGUGCUGAUGGACUAUGUGCGGAAACUGCUGCGGAGUCAAGGCAAGAAGGGUGUGGCUAAGAUUGCACCCCGAGAUAUAGGCAUCAUCGCCCCCUACAGGAAGCAGGUGCAGAAAAUCCGCAAGGCCCUGGUAAAAGUUGGUAAAGAAUUUGAAUUUAAGAAUAUGGAAACCCUUAAGGUUGGUUCGGUGGAGGAAUUCCAGGGCCAGGAGAGGAGAGUGAUCUUGGUGUCUGCAGUUCGAAGCAGCCACAAUUAUUUAGAGAUAGACAAGGAGUUCAACCUGGGAUUUGUCAGAAAUGAGAAGAGAUUCAAUGUGGCUGUGACUCGAGCUAAAGCCCUGCUGAUUGUGGUGGGAAACCCCAGAGUUUUGCAAACUGAUUCUACCUGGGGCCGCUUCAUCCAGUACUGCAGAGAUGAAGGGGGUUACACCGGUGUCGUUCAGGCAGAGGAAGAGAAGGACGUGAUAACUCGGUUUGAAUUACUUUACAUCUCAAUUGAGAACAAAGUUGAGACUGCAGAGAGUGUCAUUCAGCAGCAACUGGACCCCGAGUGGAGGAAUGACAUGUGAGCCAAAGGAGAGCCCCAGAUUCCCUGUUGGCAUUCAUAUGAAUUCGUUUUAGCAUCAGCCACUGUCAAAGGGCUUACUGGCACCUUUUUAUAUUUAUUGUACAAAACAAGACAAAAUAACCAAAGUAUAUUUUACUAUAUGAACUUGACCAAAGAAUAUGAAGACCAGAGAGCCGAUUCCUGUUUAGAUCAACCAUUUUGUCUCAGGGAGCUGCACCACUAACACCAGCACCAAGAGUUUCACUUGAAAACAGUGCUUCUAUCUUGUCACAAUCACAUGGUGACAGCAGAUAAAUCUUAAGACUGAAGAGUUCCUCUAUACAAUUAGAACAGCUGAUGAAGCAGUCGAUUCUGCACAUAGGACUGACUGUGCUUCAUAGGUUUCUGGGUUAUAAGCAGAGAUUCAUCGGUGUCAUCUGAUCAAAGUACUCAAUCAAUAGAAUCUAAAAAGAAUAGUUAGUGAACCAUGUUUGACUUUGUGGAGCAGCAGAUUUAAACCAAUCUAUACUUCAAUACAAAUUGUUUGUGUAAAUGACUGAAAUGCAGCCUGUCCAUGUAUGAGGCUUCCAAUGUAUGUAAUUACUAUUACUAAACACAUUUUAUUCAUAUUUACCAGUGGAAAAAUUGUAUAUUUUGGAGCAAAUUAAUAAAGAAAUCGUCUAUGACAA